AAAUGCAUUCAAAUUCUUAUAAUUAUAAUUCAAAAUAUAACAACAAUCAACAUUGCAAUAUGCAAGAAAUGUCUUCUCUAGACAAUUUAAAUCAGAAAGAAUUAAAUUCAGAUGAAAACAUUCUAAAAUUAAAGCCAAACGAGGAGGAAGAGGAAGACGAUGAAGAAAUGGAUGAUGAAGAUGAGGAAGAGGAAGAAGAAGAAGAAGAUGACGAGGAGGAAGAUGAUGAAGAUGAGAUUAUUGGGAGUGGUUAUGAUGAAAAUAUUGUUAGAAAUGGAGAGGAGAUUGGAGGGGAAUGUAUUGAGGAGGGGGAUGUUAGUCCUAAUCCUGAAGAUGAUGAAAAAAUUUUGGUACCGAAGGGGGAAUUGGCGUCUAUUAAGGCAAAUUUACAAAUGUUGAAUCAUCAGAUGUCAAUUUUAAUUCGAACAUUAAAUGUUCAGCCUUGUGGUUGUAAAGAUUGUGGAAUAACUUCAAUUAAAACGCAAGCUAAAUCGCUUUUAAAUGGAAAUUAUAGAUCAGAAAAUCAACAGUCGAGUUCUGAAAAACACAAUUAUGAUAAUUCUUUUGACUGGGGAGAAUCAACACAACGAGGACGUAGAUCUAAAUACUGCACAGCAGCAGAGAAGAAGACAGUUGCCGGGUUUGUACAGCUUCAUGGUGCAACUGCUGCUGCUCGUAAAUUUAACAUUCCACCUGCUGUAGCUGCUUAUUACCACAGAAGAGAAUUCAAAAACAGCGUCCAUAACAAAGUUGGCCGUCCUGCUGGGCGUUUUUCAAUUGGCCCAGCUUUGUCGUCUUCAAAGACACAUGAUCCGUCUUCUGGGGAAGUAAGAGAAAGAACAGCCUCAUUAACAGCAAUGCCAACUUGUGAAAAUAAAAAUGAAGAAGAAUCUUCAAAAAAUGGCAAUCAAAAUUUGGCACAACUUUGGCAGAAUGCUACAGGCUCUCAAAACAGCAGCGUUAAUGCUUAUCUGCGUGGAAGAGGUCGAGGCCGUCCAAAACUGAUAGGAGACGAAUUAGAUGCUGAAUUGGUUGAGCACAUUGUGAAAAUGAAACAAAAGAGUCCAACUGCACAUUUGACAGCUUCACAUGCAUUAACAAUUGCUCGAAAUUACAUCGCUACAAAAUCGCCUGGUUUAUUAGAAGAGAAUGGUGGCCAAGUAAAACUGAAAAUAACUUGGGCAAUGAAAUUAGUCACAAGAGUUCAAGAACGUGAACGAGAAAUUCAAUUGGGACUUCCUCCUGGAACUUUACAAAAUUUACCUAGAAGUUUUCAAGAAAAUGGAGGCGAAUUAACACCCGCUUUGGUUGAUGAAUUGCUUGGGCAAGGACACAAUUUAUUCGGUCAACAAUUAAAUGUGGGUGCAAUUCUAGCAGCUGCCACCAGUUCAGCAGGGUCUACUAAUGAAGAUAAGAAACCUAUUAUUACUGGUUGUAAUACAAGUACAACUACAAGUCAGUCAGAUGCUGCUAUGAUAAAUGCAAUGUUGGGAAUGGCUGGUGUUGGAAAUACUUCUGAUAUUUUUGGAUUAAUGGAUCAACCAAAGAGUGGAGGUGUUACAGUGAAAACAGAACCAACCACUAAAGGAAUUAACAACAACAACAAUACUUCAAGAAAUGCUCCCAACCUUAUGAUGGAAGCAAAUAGUGAAGAACAAGAUGCCGCUAUUAGACAAUUACUUGCUAGUUUACAAGGAGGCGGUCGUAGUGAUUCUGAUGAUUUAUUAGGUGGAAGAAGUAAUAUUUCUGAUAUUGAUAUGGCUGCUGCUUUAGCUAAUUGUAGUGGCUAG